AUGUCUCGCAUCCAGUGCACCCACGUCGGAUCGCUGCCCCGCCCCGCCGCCAUGGUGCCGGUGGUGCGCGGCGACGUGCCGGAGCCUGCGGACUGGGACGAGCAGCUCCGGGCGGCCACCGCGGGCCUGCUGAAGAAGCAGUUGGACGCUGGCCUGGACUUCAUCAACGAUGGCGAGAUCUCGCGCCGCGACUACGUCAGCGCGGCGCGGGCCCGGAUGAGCGGCUUCGGCUCGAAGGCGCGCAGCGCCACCGCGGCAGACCUGGAGGAGAGCACGGAGUACGCGGAGCGCUUCAAGGGCCGCAAAGGCCUCCUGUCCCUCGAGAAGGAGACGGUGAUCGAGAACCCCGCGUGCGACGGCGAGAUCACCUACCUGCCGGAGGGGCUCAAGAACCUGGAGUGUGAGAUCGAGCGCAUCGUCGGCGUGAUAGCUGGCUCCACCGCCACCAAGUCCAGGCCCAUGAGCCAGUACUUCUUCUCCUCGCCCUCGCCAGGGACGCUGACGACCUUCUUCCCGAACAGCGGGAAGCACUACAAGACGCACGAGCAGUACAUCCGUGCCCUCGGCAAGGCCAUGAAGACCGAGUACGAGCGCAUUGCGGCCGCGGGAUUCAGUCUGCAGGUGGACUGCCCGGACCUGGCCAUGGGCCGGCACACGGCGUUCAAGGAGCAGAGCCUCGAGGAGUUCAAGAAGACGGCGCUGCUCCACGUGGAGGUCCUCAACGAGGCGCUCGCGAACAUCCCCGCGGAGCAGUGCCGGGUGCACGUGUGCUGGGGCAACUACCCGGGCCCCCACGAUGCCGACGUGCCCCUGGCAGAGGUGGCUCCCGCCAUCAUGAGCGUCAAGCCGAAGUUCAUCUCCCUGGAGGCCUGCAACCCUGGGCACGCGCACGAGUGGGAGGUCUUCCAGACCGUCCGGCUGCCGGAGGACAAGGUGCUGCUCCCCGGGGUGCUGGACACCACCACCGCCCACAUCUCGGCACCCCCGGCUUGUCGCGCAGCGCCUGCUGAACUACGUCCGCCUCGUGGGCGUGGAGCGCGUGAUGGCCUGCACGGACUGCGGCUUCUCCACCGCGGCCGGGGCGGUGAACGUCCCCGAGGAGCUCGUCUGGAAGAAGAUGCGCUCCAUGGUGGAGGGCGCCCGCAUCGCCACCGCGGAGGCGACAGGCGGCGGCGUGCCGCGGCCGCUCGAGGAGAAGGCCGAGGGGGCCUCGAAGCGCCUGCGGAGCGAGUAGAAGUCGAGGGGGCCGAGGACGAGCUCCCGCGCCCGCGGAGCCGGGCGCGCCUCCGCGGCGCCCCUCCGCCGCCCUCGCCUCCUCCGCCGCCUCUCCCGUCCGAGCAGCGGCGGCGUCUCGAUCGUCUUCGGUCCUGCCCCUCGGCGCGCGCGGCGUGGCGGCAGGGGCGCGCGUGCUCGGGGGGGGGGCCAGUGUUCUUCUGGGCCGCCCAGGCUCGGAUGGGGUCCGAGCGGACGGGGCCAGAGAAUCGCGCCGCUUCGCCGAUGCGCCGGCGACGCGGCUCGACGUGGAGCCCGAUCUGUUUCCGCCCUCGUCCUCCGACCACACCUGCUCGACCCCCCCCCCCGGGCGGCCUCCGAUGCUCGGCCCGCCGGCCUCGCCGUGCCUGCGGGCUGCGGGCGCCCGAUGCCGCCGCACGCUGCCACUACGCUCAACACAUCUGUCAUUCAGCAUUUUUGAAUGUGCGCGUGCCUGUUCUCUCGCGCCUUAGGCGGCACGCAUUUGCGGCCGCGUCUUCGCUGAUUCCCCCCCUAUUGCUCCAUCUUUUUUUUCAGUUUUGA